GGCCGCGCCGAGGCGCAGAGGCAAGAUGUCGGCGUCCCUGCUGGCCUGGGCGGUGCGGGCCGCUCGGCAGGUUCUGCCCUCACCCUGCACAAGGCAGGUGCGGAGCUACUAUGUGGACUGGAGGAUGCUGAGGGAUGUCAAGAGAAGAAAGUUGGCAUAUGAGUAUGCAGACGAGAGGCUGCGGAUCAACGCCAUCCGGAAGAACUCUCUCCUUCCCAAGGAGCUGCAGGAAGUGGCUGAUAAAGAGAUUGCCAGCUUGCCCCGGGACAGCUGCCCUGUGAGGAUCCGCAAUCGCUGCAUCCUGACGUCCCGCCCUCGAGGGGUGAAGCGGCGCUGGCGGCUCAGCAGGAUCGUCUUCCGCCACUUCGCUGACCAUGCUCAGAUGUCUGGGAUCCAAAGGGCCAUGUGGUAGAUGGCCACGUGGAUAUACAUUCAGGCAGAAAAACAAAACUUGUGUGUUUGAGUAAUUAAAGCUGUCUAGGAGUCCAGCAGCAGUAUCAGACUCAUAAGGGAAGGAUGAGGAACCACACAACUUGCUUACUGGAUUGUGAGUGCACUAAACUGCUCUGUGUGAAAGAAGUUCUGUUUUGAGGGGAAAAAAAAGUUACUACUUGAUGGUUGCAGAACUGAGCUUUGUGAUGUGGGCAACAUUAUAAAUAAAGACAUACAGCACAAGG